AUGACCGAAACGGUCGACAUCACGGUUGAAUUUACUGGCGGCCUAGAGAUGCUCUUUGAUAAUGUCUCAAAGCACUCAGUGUCACUUGCCAAAGACGCUGAUGACGGAAAGCCUCCCACUGUCGGAUACCUGGUCAAGUACAUCUGCAAUGACCUGAUGAAAGACUCGAGAAAAGAGCUGUUUGUUCUCAACGGCAAUGUUCGGCCAGGCAUCCUCGUCUUGAUCAACGACUCUGACUGGGAACUUGAGGGCGAAGACAAAUACGAACUCGCCACCAAAGAUACUAUUCUAUUCGUGUCUACUCUCCACGGUGGCUGA